GUUCUCAUUUCUUCUCCGAUCAGUAUUUUGAGCUGACCGGUGUUUUCUCUCCUAUCGGACCCUAAACUCAUUUGGACGCUUUGGAGUCCGAAGUCGCUGCUGCCAGUACUGACAUACAAUGAGCAGUCCAAAUCCUCAGAUUGCUGACGAUACGUCGCCCUCCCAAAAUCCUAGCUUGGUCGAGGAUCCACAAUGCGAAGACCAAAAAAGCCCACAUUUUGAUUCUCAAUCUUCCAAAACCCUAAUCUUGGAUGAUCAAGAUCCUGAACAUCCUUCCCAACAGGAUGCGAAUAAUCCUCAGGAAAUUGUUCGAGAAUCUGAAAAUCCACGGGAUUCUCUCGUGGAAGGCCAGACUGAUACUCAAAACGUGGACGACGUCGACGCCUCUUCGGCUCUCUCUCCUCGGAAUGCCGAUAUCAACGUUGCUGUUGCCGACGCCACUAGUCGUCGAGGUCCGAAGCGGAAGAGAAUGGGGCACAAGCGGAAUGCUCAAGAAAAGAAGAUCCGGGAGAAGUUUCAGGUACUCGUUGAAACUCUAAAACCCGUACCGUUUAUACCAGCAAAAACUCUUGACUUUGCGAGCCAUGAAACGCUCCUGCGGCGACUUGGGCUGUGGGAUUUUGUUCAUAUUGAGUUGGAUAGAAGUAUUCGGAGCGAUCUUGUGGCGCAAUUGAUAGCCGGUUACACCCCUUCUUCUCGUUCCAGUUAUGUGAAUGGGAUGAGGAUUAUGGUGAACCGGGCUGACCUGGGCCGUGCUUUGAAGUUGCCAGUGAGGAAGACUGUCGUUACAGAUGAUGUUUUGGAGACGCUAGACUUGGCAGAAUCUAUAUCUUUUAUUGAGGAAGUCGUGUCAAAUUGGAUGCUUUUGCAUGAGGAUACCUAUAUUAUGCCUACUGAGGUUUUGGCCUUUAUUAAGACGAUGAAGGACGGGCACUUGGAGAAGGUUGAUUGGGCAGGAUUGAUAUGGCAGAUGGUUGAAAAAGAAUUGAAAACCCCACAGUUGGUGAAUUGUUACUAUGCAUCACAUUUGCAACAGUUGAUUAAGGUACAGCGGGAGGAGUUCCUGAGAGAAGAGCCUAAGGUGGAGACGGAGGCGAAAGAUGAGGAAGAGGAAGAGGAAGAAGAUGAUGAUGGCGCUGGUGAUUCAAAAAUGGGUGGAGUUGAGGAUGGGAGUGGUGAUUCAAAAAUGGGUGGAGUUGAGGAUGAGAGCGUUGAUUUGAAACUGGGUGGCGUUGAGGAUGGGGGCGUUGAUUUGAAACUGGGUGGAGUUGAGGAUGGUGUGGACGAUUCAAAAUCAUGCAGAGUUGAGGAUGGUGGUGGUAAUUCAAACUUGAGCGGAGUUGAGGAUGGUGCUGGUGAUUCAAAAAUGGAUGGAGUUGAGGAUGGGAGUGAUGAUACGAAGUUGGAUGGAGUUGGUGAUGGGAGUGGUGAUAUGAAAAUGGGUGGAGUUGAGGAUGGGAGUGGUGAUAGGAAAAUGGGUGGACUUGAGGAUGGGAGUGGUGAUGUGAAAAUGGGUGGAGUUGAGGAUGGCAACGGUGAUGUGAAAAUGGGUGGUGUUGAGGAUGGCAACGGUGAUGUGAAAAUGGGUGGAGUUGAGGAUGGAAGUGGUGAUUCCAAAGUGGGUGGAGCUGAGGAGGGGAGUGGUGAUUCCAAAAUGGGUGGAGCUGAUGAUGGGAGUGGUGAUUUGAGAAUGGGUGAAGUUAAUAGUGGACGAGUGCAAGAGUUGGAGGAACACAACAUUGAACUGAGUCUUGGGCAAGACAAUUUUGAAAAAGUUGAAGUAGAAAAGGAGCAGGAUGUAGGUGAACACAUCGUGAACAUUGAGGAGUUUAAGGAAAAAGAACCCAGGCAAUGGCUUUUGGAUAGGAAGAACAAUUUAGGUGUCAUGGAUAUUGAGGAUCUUAAGGAAGAGCAACAUGGGCAAUGGCUUUUGGAUAGGAAGAACAAUGUGGGUGAGCCCUUUUUGCGUCAAUGUAAUUUCAGUGAUGUGAAUAGUUUGGAUGGUGAGUCAAAGAAAGAAGAGGAAGAAGGUCAAGAAGGGGGAGAAGAUGAGGGAGAAGAAGAUGAGGAGGAGGAGGAAGAGGCUGAAGAAGAUGAACAUGAUGGAGGUUUCCAUCUACCAUCAAAGUGUAUACCUUUGGAGGGGAUGCCUUCAGGGAGUCUCAUGCAAGCAAUGGAGUUUAAUUCUGGGAUUGAACUUCGUGACAAUUCUAUGGGAGAUUUUCUUUCUUCUAGAGAAGAUGCUCAAAUGAUAUCUGGGGCAUCCCUUUUUAAUAAUGGUCACAAAAGAGAUAUUGGCCAGGAUAAUAAUAACUCUCAUCAUUCUCUAAAUGGCAGUAACAAGCGGCUUAGAAGUGACAGCCCAUGGAAUGCAAAACCAGUUGACUUUGAGAUGUGCAUGGAGCAAAUAGAACAUUGGAUUGGAAAAGCUAGAAUGAUGUAUGCAUCAAAAGAACAGUCUUGUGAUGAUUUAAACAUGAACCAGCAAGUCUUGCUGAAUGAGCUGCAGAAGCGUGAUAGCAUGAUUGAUAAUUUGCACAAGGCAAAUAUGGAUGAGAGUCAGAAGAGACAGAUGGAGGUAUAUCGGCUAGAAAAGGAGCUCUAUAUGAUGUCAAACCUCUUGGAGGGUUACAGAAAGGCCUUAAAGGAAACACAGAAGGCUUUUGCUGAAUAUAGAGCUCGAUGUCCAGAAGCUGAUGAGCCCCUUUACAAGGAUGUACCUGCGUCUGGGGGUCUUGUUCUAAGUGUGAUGGAACUGGAAAAAGAACGUCUAAAGCAAGAAGAAGAACAAAGGAUGAAGCGAUUGACGAUUGAAAAGAAAUUGAGAGAUUUUGAAGGAGGCUGGAUUACUAAACUUGAAGAUCAUCUGAAUGGAUUUCAGUUGCUGCGUAAUAGGUUGCUGACUAUUGAAGAUCAAGUAAAAGAUUUGAAUGAAUUGAAUGCAAAACGCAAGGUUUCACAUACUCCGGAAUGUGCUACAAGUGAAGAACAAACAGCUUAGUUGGGAUGGAUUUCUAGGAAUGCUGUCUGCGUCAGGCCUUGCAUGGCAUUUGUCAUCAACUGAUCCUGCUUUCCUUAGUUUUGACUUUUACCAUAAAUAAGAACUUUGACCUGGUGCUCUGCAAAUUCUGAGAGUUUAAACUUCACAUCAAUUGUUUCUCCUUUUCUUUUAUUCUUUUUGUAAAUUCUUGACAUAUUAUAUUAGAGGCGAUUGAUGUUAUGCAAGUUCAAAUAUUUUCAAGGCUUGAUUAUAUGUAAAUUUCU